AUGCUGGGAAAGGACUACGACCAGGCGCAGGUGCGAGAGACCAAGGGCCAGUUUCUUGUCGUCUUUCUGCUCGACAUUGGGUUGAUCGGAUUUCUCCGCGCCAGCUCCGACGUCUACUUCGGGAAGAAGAAGAUCAAUCUGCGGAUCCCCUCGGGUUUGAUCCCCGGCGUGUACGAUGACUUGCACAUCAAACCCUCUCACGACGUGGUGCAGGCGUACAUCGCUUCGGUGGUGAUCUGCUAUCCGGUGGCGUUCUUGCUCUACGCGUUGUUCACGAUUUCUAGGCGGAGGUUCCACAUCGGCUACAACCGUGCCUUGGGCCAGUUUGUGGACAAAGAGGAGAUCCAGGAGAUCCGGGCGCGAGAAUCCGUUCCCUUUCCGGUCCCGGUUUUGGGCAAUUUUCUGCACAACAUGUUCG